AUGUCCAAACAUAUAUCUUCUAUCGAUUCAUCACCCGUCGACACCGAUACAACUCAGGAAGCGCCGAAUGGGAAUGGGAAAGGACAAAAGACGAAAUCAAAAUUGUUCAUCGCUUUCAUGCCUGAUUACGAAGAUGAGCUCACUUUGACGAAAAGGUUGAAAGUCAGGGAAGAGCAUUUAAAUAGGUUUCAGAGGGAGAAAGAGAUGGGAAUGUUCACUUUCGGAAGAGGUUACCUCCCGCCACCUCAAUCUUCACUCCAUUCUCAUCCAUCCCUAAAACCAGGACAACAAGCCAUGGCUGGGUCUGUACUACUCAUGACGUCGGAAUCCCUUUCGGCGGCUUGGGAGAGGGUGAAGGAUGAUGUUUAUUGGACCGCUGGAGUAUGGGAUAAAGAGAGAGGGAGGGUGGAAGAGUUUGUCAAGAUGCCAGGGGAUGAAGAAUAG